AUGCACGUACUUCCAGAAGCCUUCAACUUGGCCACUUACAUAGGCCUGUGGGAACCAACCCAUUUAGAGUCGAGCAUCGCCAGGUGUUUUUACAAGUUCUACACUUGCCUUUCCUUUGCGCUAAUAAUAUUGACAAUGAUAACUCAAAUACUAGCCAUGUUGUUCUUUACCAAAACGCUCGAUGAGUUUGCUGAGACAGCGUACAUGCUUCUGUCUGCAAUCAACGCCAGCGUCAAAGGAGUAGUUAUUUUGUUGAGAAGAAAACAUGUGAUCGAUCUGGCUGAAAUGCUACUGAAAAAGGAGUGUGUGCCGAUAAAUGCAACAGAAAAGCGAGUUUGCUCGUAUUUUAACAAAAUUUCAAGGUAUACCGUAUUGAGUUGCAUAGUACUAGCAGAAGGGACAAUUAGCGCUCUGGCUCUCUUGCCGGUGGUUUUUGAACAAGGCGAGCUCGUUCUGCCUUUGCGAGCUUGGUAUCCUUACAACGCCGGUUCCGGUCUGGGUUAUUGGCUUUCGUACCUGCACCAGGCUAUGGCUCUGACACUGAUCGCUGCUUAUGACGUGGCCAACGAUACCAUUAUCACCGGAUUCAUGGUCCAAGCUUGUGCUCAGCUCGAGUUGAUGACUUGUAGGUUUCAUCGAUUCUCCUGGCGGGGCUCCAAUGCCGUAAUGAGAAAUGGAGCCCGACAUCAGCUCAGACUAUUCGAAAAGAGGAUGGUCGCGCAGAGUGUCCGGCAUCAUCUGCUCAUUUUUAGAUUUACAGAAAUCAUCAAUUCUAUUUUUGCUCCUGUGAUUUUGGUGCAAUUCUGCUUAAGUUCCGGAGUAUUGUGCAUAACUGUGUACCAAAUGUCAGCGAGCAAAUCAAACGGACUGAAAGUAAUCGUUCUGUCUCUGUAUUUAGUGUCGAUGCUUGUCGAAUUUUUUCUCUACUGUUGGUUUGGUAAUGAGGUUACACUUAAGAGUUUGGGAUUCAAUAUUGCUGUGUGUGAGAUGGAUUGGACUGCAAUGCACGUUCAGACUCUGAAGGAAUUACUUAUUAUCAUGGUUAGAUCCACGUCUCCGAUAUUUCUUUCAUGUGGUCCACUAAUAAAGCUAUCUUUAGAAUCAUUUACGAAUAUAUUAAAAAUUUCUUAUUCAGCAUUUAAUGUUCUCAAGCAAUUUGACUGA